AUGCAAGCCGGGGACCUUGGCGACGGCGACAAUGUCAGGGAUCCUUCGGAGACCGCCAGCGCGACAGAGACGGCUCCCCCUGAGACCUCUCGCCUGGGGCGUCCUUGCUCGGCGGUCUGCGCGUGCGCGGCCUCAGACGGGCGAGCGGCCCGGGCAGCACCGCUCAUGGGCAUCGAGGAGGCCAAGUUGUCCUUCGAGGGCUUCACAGUGCAGCGCCGGCAGCGCCUCGAGGAGUUUGCGCACCGUUGCCGGGUCGGUGAGUGCCACCUGGGCCACAGGCUGACAAAACCUACCGCGUCUUGCAUCUGCGACGGCUGUCGAAAGCCGCUGGCAGAACAGCACGGGCAGGGCUGCCGCACUUGCGAUGUGGAUUUGUGUGACACCUGCAUCACCGGGCUUUCGGAGAUCAAUAUCGACUCGAUCCAAGCUGAUCAAAUGCAUCUGUAUGGCCAACAAUGCCUAGAAAAUAUGCAGCUCGAUGACGCCAUCAGCUCCCUUACAGAGGCUCUGAGCAUGAAGAGAGCUGUGCAUGGAGAAGGGGCUCACCAAACUGUGGCCGUGACGCUGCGCGAGCUCGGCGUGGUGUGCAUGAAAAAGGGCGACCUGGCAGCAGCGAAGAGCCACCUCACGGAGGCCCUGAGCAUGAAGAGAGCUGUGCAUGGAGAAGGAGCUCACCAAACUGUGGCCUUGACGCUGCACGAGUUCGGCGUGGUGUGCAUGAAGAAGGGCGACCUGCCAGCAGCGAAGAGCCACCUCACGGAGGCCCUGAGCAUGAAGAGAGCUGUGCAUGGAGAAGGAGCUCACGAAACUGUGCCCGUGACGCUGCACGUGCUCGGCGUGGUGUGCAUGAAAAAGGGCGACCUGGCAGAAGCGAAGAGCCACCUCACGGAGGCCCUGAGCAUGAAGAGAGCUGUGCAUGGAGAAGGAGCUCACCAAACUGUGGCCUUGACGCUGCACGAGUUCGGCGUGGUGUGCAUGAAGAAGGGCGACCUGCCAGCAGCGAAGAGCCACCUCACGGAGGCCCUGAGCAUGAAGAGAGCUGUGCAUGGAGAAGGAGCUCACGAAACUGUGCCCGUGACGCUGCACGUGCUCGGCGUGGUGUGCAUGAAAAAGGGCGACCUGGCAGAAGCGAAGAGCCACCUCACGGAGGCCCUGAGCAUAGAGAGAGCUGUGCAUGGAGAAGGAGCUCACCAAAAUGUGGCCUUGACACUGCACGAGCUCGGCGUGGUGUGCAUGAAAAAGGGCGACCUGGCAGAAGCGAAGAGCCACCUCACAGAGGCCCUGAGCAUGAAGAGUGCUGUGCAUGGACCAGGAGCUCACCAAACUGUGGCCGUGACGCUGCACGAGUUCGGCGUGGUGUGCAUGAAGAAGGGCGACCUGCCAGCAGCGAAGAGCCACCUCACGGAGGCCCUGAGCAUGAAGAGAGCUGUGCAUGGAGAAGGAGCUCACCAAACUGUGGCCGUGACGCUGCACGUGCUCGGUGUGGUGUGCAUGAAGAAGGGCGACCUGGCAGAAGCGAAGAGCCACCUCACGGAGGCCCUGAGCAUGAAGAGAGCUGUGCAUGGAGCAGGAGCUCACCAAAUUGUGGCCGUGACGCUGCACGAGCUCGGCGUGGUGUGCAUGAAGGAGGGCGACCUGGCAGCAGCGAAGAGCCACCUCACGGAGGCCCUGAGCAUGAAGAGAGCUGUGCAUGGAGCAGGAGCUCACCAAGAAGUGGCCUUGACGCUGCACGAGCUCGGCGUGGUGUGCAUGAAGGAGGGCGACCUGGCAGAAGCGAAGAGCCACCUCACGGAGGCCCUGAGCAUGAAGAGAGCUGUGCAUGGAGCAGGAGCUCACCAAGAAGUGGCCUUGACGCUGCACGAGCUCGGCGUGGUGUGCAUGAAGGAGGGCGACCUGGCAGAAGCGAAGAGCCACCUCACGGAGGCCCUGAGCAUGAAGAGAGCUGUGCAUGGAGAAGGAGCUCACCAAACUGUGGGCGUGACGCUGCGCGAGCUCGGCGUGGUGUGCAUGAAGAAGGGCGACCUGGCAGAAGCGAAGAGCCACCUCACGGAGGCCCUGAGCAUGGAGAGAGCUGUGCAUGGAGCAGGAGCUCACCAAAUUGUGGCCGUGACGCUGCACGAGCUCGGCGUGGUGUGCAUGAAAAAGGGCGACCUGGCAGCAGCGAAGAGCCACCUCACGGAGGCCCUGAGCAUGAAGAGAGCUGUGCAUGGAGCAGGAGCUCACCAAACUGUGGCCUUGACGCUGCACGAGCUCGGCGUGGUGUGCAUGAAGGAGGGCGACCUGGCAGAAGCGAAGAGCCACCUCACGGAGGCCCUGAGCAUGGAGAGAGCUGUGCCUGGAGCAGGAGCUCACCAAAUUGUGGCCGUGACGCUGCACGAGCUCGGCGUGGUGUGCAUGAAAAAGGGCGACCUGGCAGCAGCGAAGAGCCACCUCACGGAGGCCCUGAGCAUGGAGAGAGCUGUGCCUGGAGCAGGAGCUCACCAAACUGUGGCCGUGACGCUGCACGUGCUCGGUGUGGUGUGCAUGAAAAAGGGCGACCUGGCAGAAGCGAAGAGCCACCUCACGGAGGCCCUGAGCAUGAAGAGAGCUGUGCAUGGAGCAGGAGCUCACCAAAUUGUGGCCGUGACGCUGCACGAGCUCGGCGUGGUGUGCAUGAAAAAGGGCGACCUGGCAGCAGCGAAGAGCCACCUCACGGAGGCCCUGAGCAUGGAGAGAGCUGUGCGUGGAGCAGGAGCUCACCAAAUUGUGGCCGUGACGCUGCACGAGCUCGGCGUGGUGUGCAUCAUGAAUGGCGACCUGCCAGCAGCGAAGAGCCACCUCACGGAGGCCCUGAGCAUGAAGAGAGCUGUGCAUGGAGAAGGAGCUCACCAAGAAGUGGCCUUGACGCUGCACGAGCUCGGCGUGGUGUGCAUGAAGGAGGGCGACCUGCCAGCAGCGAAGAGAGGGCGCCCACCAAUCUGCGACCGUGACGUUGCAUGUGCUGCUGUAUGUGGUGUGGAGGAGCUGAAGCAGCAGCCAGUGUUAAGCCACCUCACCGAGGCCUGCCCGGAGCGCGAUUCUACGGAGACGUCUGGUAGUGACGAUGCAUCGCCACCGGGCAGGCUGCCUGGGUCGUGGUGUGUUGUGAGCCCAAGAGCCGACCCUAUCUGGGAAAUUGAAGGCGAUGCGGCCGAUGUUCCCUUCAGCAGGAGCGACGGAGCCAACUCCUCGUUCUGCGAGUUUUUGUUUGCGUGA